AUGGGCCUUUGUGAACGAAGAAAAACACUUGGGAUUCUGUGCCUAGUGGUGCUUUGUUUGUUUGACUGCUCUACGGCGCAGAUAUCGUACUCCAUAUCCGAGGAGAUGAAUAAAGGUACUUUUGUGGGAAAUUUGGCGAAGGAUUUAAAUAUUAACGUUCAAGAACUGGACUCGAGAGGAUUAAGAAUUACAUCUGACCUGAGUAAGAGUUAUUUCGAUGUGAAUUAUAAAACUGGGGCUCUCUUUGUGAAUGACAGGAUAGACAGAGAGGAGCUUUGUUCGAAUAUAGCCAAGUGCUCUUUAAAUAUUGAGACUAUACUUAACAAUCCGUUGAGCCUCCACAGAGUUGAAGUGAAUAUUGUAGAUAUAAAUGAUAACGCACCGUCUUUUCUCGAGAAAAAACAUACGUUCAAUAUUACCGAAUCAGCCUACGUAGGCGAGAGAUACCUUUUACCAGUAGCCUAUGACGCAGACAUAGGUCUUAACACGGUUAAAACCUACAAGCUUACUCCAAACGAAUAUUUCUCUGUGGAUGUACAGAGUGGUGGAGAGCAAAGUGUAUCUGGUGAGUUAGUGCUGCAGAAAACAUUAGACAGAGAGAAACAAGCUGUUAUCCAACUCACACUAACUGCCGUAGAUGGGGGAAAGCCUCCCAGAUCUGGGACAAUGCUGGUUAUUGUUAAUGUGAUCGAUGUGAAUGAUAACACUCCAUCUUUCAAUAAACCGCUUUAUAAAGUCCGGGUUCCUGAGAAUGCACCGCUUGGCACGAAAUUAAUCAAACUUAACGCCACAGAUCUCGACGAGGGAGUGAACGGUGAGAUUGUUUUUUCCUUUAUAGGCCGAGGGAAUUCAGUCCCUUCAGAUAUGUUUGUCAUCGAUUCAGUGACCGGUGAAAUAACGUUGAAAGGUGGUUUGGAUUAUGAAGAAAACAAUGCUUUUGAAAUCCGCGUGCAGGCAACAGAUCAGGGACAUUCGCCCCGUAGCACUCACUGUAAAGUCUUGGUCGAGGUAACAGAUGUAAAUGACAACGCUCCACAAAUCUCAGUGACAUCACUCCUGAACCCAGUAAAAGAGGACUGUGCUAUUGGAACAGUGGUUGCCCUAAUAACUGUUACAGAUAAAGAUGGCGGUAAAAACGGAAUCGCAAAGAUAGAUAUUUCAGAUUCAGUGCAGUUUAAAUUAAAAUCCUCAUAUAAAAAUUAUUAUUCUUUAUUGGUGAAUGGUCCAUUAGACAGAGAAAGUAUUUCUCAAUAUGACGUCAUAAUCACAGCUAUUGACGAAGGGAUUCCACCUCUCUCCAGUACCAGUGUUAUUUCUGUGCAAAUUUCGGAUGUGAAUGACAACGCACCGCGCUUUACAGAGCCUGCCAUCGAUAUUUAUGUGAAGGAGAACAGUCAGGUUGGAGCUGUUAUUUAUACAGUAUCUGCUUUCGAUCCUGAUGUUGGAGAUAAUGCAAAAAUAUAUUACUCUGUUAUCGAUAGCUCAUUCAAAAGCACCCCAGUCACGAAAUUUGUGAGUAUAAACUCUGACAGUGGAGAAAUACACAGUCUCCAGUCUUUUAAUUAUGAGGAUAUGAAAACUUUUGACUUCAAAGUUCAGGCCACAGAUUCUGGAGUUCCUCCACUGAGCGGCAACGUGACAGUAAACGUUUUUAUCCUGGAUGAGAAUGACAACAGACCCGAGACUCUCCCUCCCUAUGAACACAGCUCCAUUAACACCGAGACCAUUCCCUAUUCUGCUGAGGCAGGCUACUUUGUAGCGAAGAUCAGGGCUGUAGACGCGGACGCUGGUUAUAACGCGCUGCUUUCUUAUCACAUCUCGGAGCCGAAAGGAAACAGUCUGUUCCGAAUCGGAUCCGGCAACGGAGAAAUCAGGACUAAAAGGCGAAUGAGUGACAAUGAUCUUAAAACUCACCCAUUGAUAAUUUUGGUUUGCGAUAAUGGAGAGCCCUCACUUUCAACAACUGUGUCUAUUGAUGUUGUGGUUGUUGAAAACAAGGAUGACAUUCAGACUCCAUUCAGACAUGUGCCGACGACGGAGGAAGGUUUUUCUGAUUUAAAUCUGUAUUUGCUGAUCGCCAUUGUGUCAGUGUCCGUGAUCUUUUUACUGAGCCUCAUUAGUCUCAUGGCUGUAAAAUGCCGCAGGACAGACAGCAGCUUUAGCAGGUACAGCGCCCCGGUGAUCACCACACACCCCGAUGGGAGUUGGUCUUACUCCAAAUCGACUCAGCAAUAUGAUGUGUGUUUUAGCUCAGACACACUGAAGAGUGACGUAGUGGUUUUCCCAGCACCAUUUCCGCCUACAGAUGCAGAACUGAUCAGUAUUAAUGAAGGGGACACUUUUACCCGGACACAAACACUCCCUAACAAAGAGAAGGUAAGACAUUCUUCGUUUAGUCCUCAGACAACAGUUCGUAAAUACCAAGAGAACGUUUAUUUCAGCUGUGACAAUCCAUUUUGCCCUUUGCAGAUUGGAUUACACUACAUUUGA